GUGCGUUUAGCGUCACAUCACUCCGCGCUGUGACGGAGAGAAGCUGCGAUGAGCGCGCGCCUUAAAACUUUUAUUAGCAUACUUUGACUCCACUCCUCUCUGAUUAAAGCUCGCGCGAACAGCCCGCUAGGCUGUGGGAAUAUAACCUCCGUGGUCGCAGAUAACUGUCCUGACUGCGUGUGUGACACCCCGCGAUGGAGGAGGACAACAACGUCAUGCGAGACUUGAAGGACAUAGAGACGAAGUUGGGCCGAAAAGUUCCUGACAGUCUCUUUCGCUCUCUCGCCGGAGGGAAACACGACAAGUCCGCAGCGCCGCAUUCAGGGAACUGCAAAUGUUGCGCUAACUCUGCGGACAUAAAAAGACUGGAAAGCAAAAUGUUGUUUCUCAAACAGGAGAUGGCAAAUCUGCGAGCCAUUGAUGUAAAGCUCAUGCAGCAGCUUAUGUCCAUCAACGAGGGCAUCGAGUCCAUCCGCUGGAUGAUAGAUGACAAAGGCAGCGUCGCCAGCCAUGACGGCAGCCUGACCGGCAGCUUAUACAGCCUGUCGGACAGCCAGGACGGCGCCUCGCUGCGAGGAAGCUUCAAUAGUUUGAAUGAUGGUAACAGUGACGGCCUGGAUGGUCUUUCUGUGGGUAGUUACCUGGACACACUAGCAGAGGACCUCCCGGAUGAACCCUCGCCUACGGACCUUGAUUGUUUUGUGGAUAAAACGGUGAUCGACGGCGACGCCUUUGCCAAAUCGCCUUUGAAACUCAGGGUGGAGUCGGAUGAAUACUACUGCUUUGGAUAAUAAUGAUAAGCUAAAUGUGGCGAUUACAGAGGGUCUACUGUAAUUUGUGAAGAAUGGUUUCCAAAAGUAUUCUUCACUUUUAAAACAAAAUGCUAUUUUUUUCCUCAAAUUGUAGCGAGAUGUUAGCAAGUCUUACCUGAUGACUAAUGUUACGUUUUACUUUCCUGACUCUGUCGAAACGACGCGCCUCUUCAAACCGUUCAUGCUUAACAUUCAUGUCUUAACACUUUAAACGCAGGUUAAUUGAAAGGGUGUUUUAUUAUGAUUCAAAGUUAUAGUUGUUUUCAGCUAUCCAAUACCUCACUGGGUGUAUCUGUCACACUUUUUAGCCUAAAAGUAUUUUCGAAGGUGGGUGUGGAAAAAGUAGAAACAUCAACUGAACAGCCGAUUUUCCUCACCAUCUGUGGAAAACCCGACUCUGAGUUUGCGUCAGGUCAACCACAAUCAGCUGAUCCGAGAAACGGACUAGAUUGGGAUUUAGCAGCCAUUUGGAAAAUUGGACAUUUCAUGCUGAGCGAUUCUCGAGGCAAAACAGUUUCAAGUGGCAAAGUAAUUAGUCUAAGUGUCACAGCAAGUGCACUUUGCUUCCAUGCCAAAUCCUGAGCUCCACUGCUGUAUGUGUGAAACUUUUAGUUCUGCUUUUUAUUGUUUUGGUUUUUUUACCGACAGGAGUUCCCAAGUCAAACUCUGCUCAGCAGUAGUAGUAGUUAAAGCGUGUAGCCUUAAACACAAGAGAUUCGUUGCACACUUAAAGCUCAGAUUCUUGACUGAAAACCAAAGCAGUUUGAUUGUCUCAUAGAUAAUUUAGGCCCUGCUUUAACAGCAGAUGGGAGGUUUAUAAAUGGUGGACAUAUGUGAGACACGUGUUUUGCUCUGUGGGCAGAUUUUAAAUUCACUGUUGUUAAAGAACGGUUUAACGAGAGCGAUACACCGCUGUACAUAAAUGUGUUAUUUUUAGCUUUAAAGCU